AUGGCCUCCAACAACGUCACCUCAGACGAGGCCCGUCGCGCUGCCCAGAGCUACCUCAAUGAUCGCCUUACCACAAAGACGGAUGGACCAGCCAGACCCUUCAAUGUUCCUGUCAUUGACAUCUCCUCGACCUUCAACGGCACUCUGGAAGAUAAGCAGGCUGUAGCAUCACAAAUUCGCGAUGCCUGCACCAAUAGCGGCUUCUUCCAGGUCACUGGUCACAACGUCCCCGAAUCUGUUCGACAAGGCGUGCUGAACCAGGCUUCUCGCUUCUUCAAGCAACUUCCUCCUGCUCAAAAAGAUGAGUUGCACGUCAAGCACAAUGCUCUGAUGCGUGGAUGGGAACCUUCGGAUUACACAUAUGUGAACCCCGACGAUUGGGCUACAGCUGCCGUGCCAGAGACCAAGGAAGGCUUCAACUGGGGUUAUGAAACUUCUCUCGAUCCUACAGGUGGUGAUGGCAAAUACCGUGACUUGGACGGCAGCACCGAAAAUGGCAAUGUGUGGCCCACUGAAUCCGCUCUUCCUGGUUUCAAGCAAGAUAUCGCCGAGUAUUACGGUCGAGUCCUGCAACUCGCCCGUCAUCUCUUCAGGCUCUUCGCUUUGAGCUUGGCAUUACCAGAAACCCACUUCGACGAGAUGAUGACACAUCCUGGUGGUAUCUCUCGCCUGUUGUAUUACCCUCCUUCGAAGGACCCAAAGCCCCUGGACCCCAACGAAGCGGACAAGGAGGUUGGACUUGGGUCGCAUACGGAUUAUGAGUGCUUUACUUUGUUGCUCUCAUCCACAACUCAUGGUCUCGAGAUCCUCACGCCCGAGAACGUAUGGACUCCUGCAGCUGCNUGUAAAGGCGCAUUCAUCGUCAACGUCGCAGACUUCUUGAUGAGAUGGACAAACGGAGUUUACAAGAGCACUAUUCACCGUGUUGUAAACAGAACCACAGACGAGAGAUACAGUGUUCCAUUCUUCUUUUCAAUCAACUAUGAUCAACAGGUUGAGGCAAGCACGAUCGUACAAUACUUAGCAACAUCUGUGCUAAUCACAUCUUCANNGACUCUUCCUAGCUGCGUCUCGGACGAGAGCCCUUCGAAGUAUCCUCCAAUCCGGGCUGGUGAAUACAUUCUUGAACGUCUCAAGGCCACUGUCAAGGACGGUUGA